CGUCCUCGGACUACGAGCUGUUGUUGUUGUCAGUACAUUUCGUCGCCUGCCGUGGAACGCAGGAAGUGCGAGCGUAGUCCGUUGGACACAGAGUCUUCGGAACUUAAAAGAAAGGGGUGCGGGCCACGAGUCGCAGAGCGAUCGUAGUGGCCGGUUGGCGCUUCUUCGCUAAAGAGGACGAUCUGCAGUCCUCUACCCGAUGUGGUUGUAGACAGUGAACACUCAAGUGGAACCUUCGCUUUCCAUGCAGAGAGCGGCGGGUGGGAAGUCGAGGCCGCGACAAAAGAAAAGCCUGCCGCCGUCACCAGUACCGAGAGAAAUAGCAGUGAAAGAAUGUGAAACUGGGUACUGGAUAUAGAAAUGUCAGCAGAUGAAUCUUCUAAAAUAAGAAAACUUGCAACUUGAUGAUCAAAGCAUAACUAAGAUGUUACCUUUGAAAAGUGCAUUGCCAAGGUGCAUUUGGCAGCGAAGAUGAAUUGUACAUCUAUUACAGAAAUGCUUAUAUGAAAAGACACACAUUUUAGAAAGUGUCAGCAUUACUACUUGGAGAGUAUGGCAGGUUUUAAACGAGGAUAUGAUGGAAAAAUUGCUGGAUUGUAUGAUUUGGAUAAAACCCUAGGCAGAGGGCAUUUUGCUGUGGUGAAGCUUGCCCGACAUGUAUUUACAGGUGAAAAAGUGGCAGUAAAAGUAAUUGACAAGACCAAAUUAGAUACUCUUGCCACAGGACAUCUUUUCCAAGAAGUCAGAUGUAUGAAACUAGUGCAGCAUCCUAAUAUUGUUCGUCUGUAUGAAGUUAUUGACACUCAGACCAAACUUUAUUUGAUCUUAGAACUUGGUGAUGGAGGAGAUAUGUUUGAUUACAUCAUGAAACACGAAGAAGGUCUUAAUGAAGAUCUGGCAAAGAAAUAUUUUGCUCAGAUUGUUCAUGCUAUAUCCUACUGUCAUAAACUGCAUGUCGUUCACAGAGACUUAAAACCAGAAAAUGUUGUCUUUUUUGAAAAACAAGGACUUGUGAAAUUAACUGAUUUUGGAUUUAGCAACAAAUUUCAGCCUGGGAAAAAACUUACAACAAGUUGUGGCUCUCUUGCAUAUUCUGCACCUGAAAUUUUACUUGGCGAUGAAUAUGAUGCACCUGCAGUAGAUAUAUGGAGUCUGGGAGUUAUUCUUUACAUGUUGGUAUGUGGACAACCACCUUUUCAAGAAGCAAAUGAUAGUGAAACUUUGACCAUGAUAAUGGAUUGCAAAUACACAGUACCAUCCCGGGUGUCCAAAGAAUGUAAAGAUUUAAUUACACGAAUGUUGCAAAGAGAUCCCAAACGAAGGGCAUCUUUGGAAGAAAUUGAAAAUCACCCUUGGCUACAAGGAGUUGAUCCUUCACCUGCGACAAAAUAUAAUAUUCCUUUGGUUUCAUAUAAAAAUCUUUCAGAGGAAGAGCACAAUAGCAUCAUACAACGCAUGGUUCUUGGAGAUAUUGCAGAUCGAGAUACUAUUGUUGAGGCUCUGGAAACUAACAAAUACAAUCACAUCACUGCUACCUACUUUUUACUAGCAGAGCGGAUUUUAAGAGAGAAACAAGAAAAAGAAAUACAAACCAGAUCAGCAAGUCCAAGCAAUAUAAAAGCACAAUUUAGGCAAUCAUGGCCAACAAAAAUAGAUGUUCCCCAAGAUUUAGAUGAUGACCUUACAGCUUCUCCAUUAUCCCAUGCAGCUGUUCCCCAAUCUCCUGCUCGUAAUGCUGAAAAUGUUCUUAAUGGACAUAGAAGUAAGGCACUUGAGUCGGUCAAGAAAGAGGAUGUUCCUGAAUUAGCUGGACCAGCACUUUCAGUUGUUCCCUCAGUGAAUUUAAAACCUACAACUAGUAGUCGGAAGUGCUUGUUUAGAGUAGAAGAAGAUGAAGAGGAGGAUGAAGAAGAUAAAAAAAUUGUUUCUCUGUCAAAUCAAGUUGUUCUGCGUCGUAAGCCUUCUGUUACAAAUCGUCUUACUUCUCGAAAAAGUGCCCCCGUUCUAAAUCAGAUUUUUGAGGAAGGGGAAUCUGAUGAUGAAUUUGAUAUGGAUGAGAAUUUGCCCCCUAAAUUAAGUCGCCUAAAAAUGAAUAUUGCUUCACCCAGCACUGUGCAUAAACGUUACCACAGAAGGAAAAGUCAGGGUCGUGGAUCUAGUUGCAGUAGCUCAGAAACAAGUGAUGAUGACUCAGAAAGUAGGCGGCGUUUAGAUAAAGACAGUGGAUUUACUUAUUCCUGGCAUAGAAGAGAUAGUAGUGAAGGUCCUCCAGGAAAUCAAGGAGAUGGAAGUGGACAAGGAAAACCAAGCAAUGGAAAUGGAGGGAUUGACAAAACAAGUCCUGGUGAUAAUCAUAAAGAGGGUGGAAGUCCUUCCAGUAGCUCUAACGGAAGCACGAAUAAUAAUUCAGGUUCUACUCGCAGAUGUGCAGGAUCUGGUAAUGCCAUGCAGUUGUCAUCAAGAAGUGCGGGUGAUCUGGUUGAAAGUCUCAAGUUGAUGAGCAUUUGUUUAGGUUCUCAGAUUCACAGUAGCACUAAAUACAUAAUUGAUCCCCAAAAUAUUUCGUUUUCCAGUGUGAAGGUGCAGGAGAAAUCAACAUGGAAAAUGUGCAUAAGUUCUGGGAAUGUAAAUCCAGUUUCAUCUUUGAGCAGCAUAAAAUUGUUUUCUGACCAAAUGUCAGGUGCGGCAAAUGAGUUAGAACAAAUAAAGAACAAGAACUUGAAAAAUAAUGUGCUACAACUACCUCUGUGUGAAAAAACAAUAUCUGUGAACAUUCAGCGAAACCCGAAGGAGGGACUGUUAUGUACAUCAAGUCAGACAACUUGUUGUCAUGUUGUUUGACAAUAAUCAUAUUUAACCCAUUCUACUUGACAUCACCAAUCUUCCUGUUCAGAGCUGUGAAUACUUUAUUUCACUGAACUUUUGUUACUUUGUCUUACUAUGUUAACAUAGGCUUUAAGCAGUAAUUUAUUAGAGUUUAAUUUAGUUUUGCUUGUUAUGACAAAGCAUGAUACUGUGCAUGUUGCUAGCCAGUAAUUUCUUUUGUUCCAAACAAACCCAAGAGCCGCGGUGAUAAUAGUGGUUAGAAUGCAGUACUGCAGGCUACUUCUGCUGACUCCCAGCUGCCUGCAGUUUGGCAGUUUGAGUCACCGGCUCAAGGUUGACUCAGCUUUCCAUCCUUCUGAGGUCGGUAAAAUGAGGGCCCAGAUAGUUGGGGUCUGCUCUGAUUUGGUAAACUGCUUAGACAAAGCUGUAAAGCACUGUGAAGUGGUAUAUAAGUCUAAGUGCUGUUGUUAUUUUUCUAUCUUUCUAAUUUUACUGUAGAAAAUCUGGAUUAUAGUAAGACUUGUGUCCAAAUCCAGUAUAAAGUAAGCACUUAGUAGUUUCACAUUCUGCACUUAAAUUAGAAACAUCAUUUUUGUUUCUUUGUAAGACGUCAAAUUAUGUUCAGAUCUUCUGUGUUAAAAUAUAUGAGAUGUGGCAUAAUUAUCUGUGUUUGCAACAGAACCAAAGCAAUAAAAUGUUGAUACUGAAAUCUCUUCUGGAGGUUUUAGAAUUUCAAGCCUUGUACAAAGCAAAAGUGCACUGAAAAGUUAUCUUCAACUCUUGAUUUUUAAUCCGACAUCUUUGUCUUAAAUGCAUGAGUGAUGGCUAAAAUGAAGAUUUUGAUUUGAUACAGACAAGAUAAAAAAAAAUCUCCAAGGCAGCUUUCCCCAUAAUUAAAUGCAAAUAAUCUUUUUAAAAAAGAGUAAUCUAACAAAGGAAUAGUGUAAUUUAAAAAAAAUUCCCCAUCCAAGGGAAAGCAUUCAUUACUAUUAAAUAUAAUUGGUUGUAAGUAUUGUGCAAAAUAUGUAAAAUGGACCAAUUUGUGGUUUAUUCAAAUAGAUCUCUAGUUGAUAUCUAUUCCAAUAAAUCAUUUCAUAUAUAGUAACUGUUGAUAAAGAUAUUGAAAAAACAUUUUUUCCAAAUUUACUUUCCACUAUGCCAUUUAAUAUUUUCAUUAUUAAUGGAAUUGUCAUAGAGAGUUGAUUAAAGAUAUAAUAAAGUAAUUUGAGCAUGCAGAUAAAUGAGACAAGAUGGGUAAUUGUCACUUUUGUAUAGUGUUAAUUAUAUUCUGAAGUUAAAUGCUUCAGAAUACCGAAAUGCAUACAGAAAAUUCAGCUAGACAUUUCUAGUAAAGGAGAGAGAGUAGGAAUAAUUGCUGGAAUCUGAACAAAAGAAGAGUCUGUUCAGAUUAUCAGAGCCUAAUUGGAAUACUUUAAUAUGCCCCAUGGCAAGAUAGGUGGCAAAUAAAUUUGAUAAUAACAUAUCCCAAGUUCUCUCCAUGGAUUCAAAAUGCAGCAUGGAUUAUCUUACUGGAAAACAAAUUAUUUUAAUUAGACAUUUAGUUUGGAAUGUGAUAUAUAAUUUGCUUUGAUAAUUUUCCAAAUCAAUAACACAAGUUGGUAUGGAGCAUUUUCUUUCAUUCUUGAGUAUUUGCUUUUUUAAAAUCCCUUGCUACUGAAAUGCCAGCAAAUGAAUGUUUUGGCACUUUUUCCUGUUAAAAUACUUUUGACUAGAUGAAUUAACUUUUCUGAAUAUGUAUCUAGAAUAAAAUAUCCCCAAUUUGGGGAAAUAUAAGAGUGUUAUUUUCUUGCUCUGUGCACUUGAGUCUUCAAAGCAAUGCUGGUAAAAAAAAAACUGAUGGUAUUUUGUAGCAGCAACCCAGACAGUUGUCUGAGAGAGUUUACAUAAGAUGUGUUCAGAAAGUAUUCACACUAUCUUUUGUCAAUUUUGUUAUGCUGCAGCCUGAUUCUACAGUUGUUGAAAUUCAUUUUUUCUCAAUCUACACUCAAUAUCCCAUAAAGUGAAAACAAAAGUUUACAAAUCUCUGUAAAUUUAUUAAAAAGAAAAAACUCAAAUAUCACAUUGGCAUAAGUAUUCAGACCCUUCAGUCAGUAUUUAUUGAAGCAUCUUUGGCAUCAAUUACAGCCUCAAAUCUUUUGGAGUAUGAAGCAUCAAGCUUUGCACAUCUGGAUUGGGUGAUUUUCUACCAUUCUGCCUUGCAAAUCCUUUCAAGCUGUCAGCUAGAUGGCAACUGUUGGUGGACAUCCAUUUUCAGGUCCUUCCAGAGAUGUUCAAUAGGGUUCAAGUCGGGGCUCUGGCAGGGCCACUCUAGGAUAUUUACAGAGUUGUCUCUAAGCCAUUCCUGUGUGCUUAGGAUCAUUGUCAUAUUGGAAAAUGAUCUUCAGCCCAGUAUGAGAUCCUGGGUGCUGUUAUACAGAUUUAUUGAGUACUUUGUUCCAUUCAGCUUUCCCUCAACCUAGACCAGUCUCCUAGUCCUUGCUGCUGAAAAACACCCUCACUGCAUGAUGCUGCCACUACCAUGCUUUACUGCUGGGAUGAUAUUGAGCAGGUGGCUGAUUUCCUCCAAACAUAACGUUUAAAAUUGAGGCCAAACAGUUCAAUCUUGGUUUCAUCAGACCAGAGAAUUUUGUUCCUCAUUGUCUGAGACUCCUUAAGGUGCUUUUUUGCAAACUCCAAGCAGGCUUUCAUGUGUUUUGCACUAAAGAAAGGCUUCCGUCUAGCAAUUCUGCUAUAAAGGCCAGAUUGAUGGAGGGUUGCAGUGAUGGUUGUCUUUUGGGAACUCUCCCAUCUCCACACAAGAUCAAGCUCAGAGGUUCUUGGUCACCUCUGUUACUAAGGCUCUUCCCUCUUCAGGCAGUUCCUUUGACCUCAUGGCUUUUGCUCUGCUACAGUAUGUAUUGUUAGCUGUGAGGUGUGCUCCUUUCCAAAUCAUGUCCAACCAAUUAAAUUUACCACAGGUAGACUCCAAGGUGUAGAAACAUGUUAGCAGCAAUCAAGGGAGGCACCUGAACUAAAUUUCAAGUAUCGUUGCAAAGGGUCUGAAUAAUUAAACCAAUGUGAUAUUUCAGUUUUUUCUUUUUAAUAAAUUUACAGAUAUUUCUAACAUUCUGUUUUUGUCAUUAUGGGAUAUUGAGUGUAGAUUAAUGAGGAAAAAAAAAUGAAUUUCAAUAACUAGAAUCAGGCUGCAGCAUAACAAAAUUGACAAAAGUGAAGGUGUCUGAAUACUCUGUAGUUCAGUAUUGUAAUGCUAGCAAAAUAGUCAAGUAAAAUGCAUUUCAUUUAUAUUAUGGAUUGUAGAGCACCAAAGAAUUGUUACAUUGGAUUAUGAUUUUAUGCUUCCUUUUUAGUAUGGUAAAUCUGUCUGAAGGUACAAUCUAAAACAUUUUUAUUAGAAAGCCAUUUGAAUUCAUUGUGGCUUCCUUCCAAGUAAAUAUGGAAUCUAUAAUUCUGAAUCAUACAAGUGUAUUUUAAUAUCUAGCCUAUUUUGGGAUUUAUAAUUUUUAUUUCCCACUUGUAGCAAGGUAUAAAUUUCCCUUUUGUUUUUCAGGCUCUUGUUGCAAUCUAGUUUUAAAUGCUUGAAUGCUUUACCAGUCUGACAUAAGUACUCUGUGCAAGAAUGUGUGUAUAUAUAUGCACAAAGCUGAAAGAACUGAUAUAUGAGUGAAGCCAUAGAAAAUAUUUGCUUGAAAUUUCCUCGGGCAGGGAUCUUAUAAAGGGCCAGAAAUAUGGACAGUUCAUAGGUAUCAUUAAAUAGGGCAUCUAUACAAAAAGUAGGAGAAAUUUAUAAAGGGCAUUGGCAAUAAAUUUUGUUGCAGCUUUUAUUUUCAAGUUGCUGUAAAUAUCACACAUUAUGUACAGCCUAGGAAUGGCAUCUUUUUGACCAACCCCAGGAAUUUUUGUUUCUUCCAUUUUAUAUACAAUUGUAUAUAUGUACAUGUGUAAAUAUAUAUAUGGUGCUCACUUUAGAUCAGCGGUGUUGACCAUUAUGCUGCGUAGCUGUAAAAUAGCCUUUAGUUAUGUAUGGUUGGGUGAACUACUUGGGUGUACAAAUGUUAGCCUGAAUGUUGUCUUUUAUUCAUCUGCUCACAAGUGAAUGACUGUGCAUGUAUUAUAUGUUGUAUUAUGUUCUGUUAAAGGAGGGAGAGAAUAACCACUACAUGAAAAUAUAUUGGACCAAACUAUAUAGAACAAGUAACAGUUUUCUGUACUCCUCAAUUUUAUCUUGACAAAUUGCUUAUAGUUACUGUAGCAUAUAAAUAUUGUGAAAACAACUAGUCUUGUAUUUUUCUGUAUGAAUAUAUAAUGUACCUCUAGCAAUUUAUCUGUAUUUAAGAUGUGACAAUCUUGACAGAAGAAUUAAUUUUGCAAGUAGCAAUUAAAUUAAGCAGAAUUGAAUGCAGAAAACUUAAGUGUUUUAAGAGAGGAUACAGAAAUAUCAGUUGAUCUUUGUCAGUUGCUUCCAGCAAUGUUUGGCUUUUUUCACUAUGUAACUAUUCAUGGUGUGUGACAAAAAUCCAAUUAAUAAAAAUGAUCUCUUGAUCAGUGCAAAAAA